AUGAACGAAAACUCGAGACCUCGUAUUCCAAAUGAAUGGGUAAGAUAUAUGUAUGAAAAACUUGAAAGUGGUGAGUUAACUUACGCAACAGUUUUGAAAAAAGUUCCAUAUUCUUAUCAAAAUGUUACAAUUUUCAAACAAAUUUCAAGAAAUACUCUCAAAAAAGCAUUCAAAGAAAUCGGUGGUACACCAAAAAUUAAAAGUGGUCCUCCACAAGAGGAAUUAACUCCAGAAUUAAUUUUGAAGGUUCAGAAUUCUUAUGAAAAUUACAAAUGUGGGGUUCAAAAAUUGUAUUGGACUCUCAAUAUGAAUCCAAAACAAUUUCAAAUCAGUUACAAUGUAGUUAUUAAGGCAGCAAAAUUUCUGGGAAUUUACAAAGAAAAAGAUAAAAGUAAUCCAAAAGCAUAUUAUGUGGAUUAUGAAGCAAUUCUUCCAAAUACAAUCUGGCAUGUGGAUAUUCAUUUUUUGAAAGAACCAGAAACUUUACCGGUUUAUGGAAUAAUUGAUGACAAAAGUCGUUAUUUGUUAGCAUUGAAAUUGCUUCGUAACAAAAGUUCAACAGAAACUUCAAAAGUGGCAAUUGCAACAGUUCAAAAAUAUGGAGCACCUUUCUGUUUCUGGUCAGAUAACGGUAA